GAACUGUAAGCAAAUAAUUUUAUACUAAAAUAUUUUUUGUUCAGGCAACAUUCCUUGUGGUGUUCUUUCAAAACCGAUUACUCUUAGCGUGUUUGUGAUUAACUGUUUAUUAUUUUGGACCCGUGUUAGUUUGGCUUUAAAAUUUAAUUGAUUAAAAAUGAACGUAUCAGAGUAAGCAAGAUAACUAUUCUAAAUUCAGAGUUUUAAUGACAUAUAAGUUGUCAAGAAUUUAGUAAAACGUACUAAAUUUUUGCGAACACGCUUUGAGUUUAGUGCUCAUUGAAGUACGUCUUUGAGGCAAAAAUGACAGAAUGUGACAGCAGGCCGAUAACGUCAUGUCAUUGGUCAAUCGAAAAUAUCGAAAUUGAAUCGAGGAAUAGUCGUUCGUCCGCUUGGUCGAUGAAUAUUUAUUAUUUGUUUUUUCUCGGUCGUGAAUACUAAACAAGGUUCGAUGUGUGGGCAACGAUGAGAUAAUAAUUAUACAGUUACAAGUGCUUCUUUGUUUAGAAACUUUUUGUGCUUAUUUGUGUACGAUCAAAUGGCUUCAACGCCAGUGCAAGUGAACGGUAAUGCGAAUAAAAACAGUCCCCUGGGAAAGCGGAAAAAAUCUCGAGGAAGCAAAGGCUCAUAUUUAUCCAAGUGGUUGGACAAAACUAUGUGCCAUAUACAGGAGUCUACUCCCAGUAUGGAUACGUAUGAUUCUUUUAUGACACCGAAUAUGAAUUGGGGUUCGCAGUUCGCGCCGGGUUACGACCCGUGCAGGUUUAACAUGUUCGGUUACGCGGAGCCAAUGUCGCUGCCUACGCCGCCUACCUACUGCAGUCCUGCGAUGCCGCUGUAUCCUCCCGAGUACCGUUACGUGCAGAGUGUGAACAAAAGUGUGCAGGUGCAGCGGCCGCGGCCGCGCCGUCGAAGCGAGAAGCCCGAGGACUGCAGCACGCCGAACAGCACCCCUUUAAACACUAAUUACUUUCAACCAAAGAAUUGCUCAGACAGCCAAGACUUUGCGAGCUUACCGCCUAUAGUUACAUCAGUUGGCGACACAAAUUCCAAUAGUGAUAUGAAUACCAAUGAGAAAGACGAGUGUGCGCGGAGAUACAGCGAUCCUUGCGUGCAAGGACUGCCUGAUAUAGCCCGGCCGGCUAAUGGAGAGGUGGACUCUGUUUCGGAAGACAGCUCAGGGUUGUCUGGGAGUCAGGUUGGCAGUAGACUGCUGACAUACCUCUUGGACCAGAUAACGAGUUUGAAGAUGACCAAUGAAAGACUGAAUAAAGACUUACAAGAUACUAGAGCGGAACUAAAUAGCCUACGAACACAACACAGUAUCUGGCAGAAAGGAUCGAGUUCCAGUAUUGGUGGCAAUAAUGGUCUAGUAGGCGGUCAAUACUCGCCUGGCUUCGUGACCGACCUAGUCCGCGAGAUCCGCGACUCCGCGCGGAUACGGGAAGAGGCCCUAUAUGCGCGAGUCCGUGCCAUGUUGCUGGAGAGAGAUAACGGAUUGGCGUCACCGGAAACGAAGUUAAGUGAGAAAACUCUUGAAGAAAUCAAGAGUUCACUUCGCGCUUCGGAGGCGGACAAGAGGCGCAUGAUGGACCGUGUUGCGAAACUAGAGGACGAGCUGCGACUGCUCCGAGUCUCCACGAGUCUCGACUCGAGCGAGAACGGCAUCACGAACGGCACCGAGGACUCGGAGACGGAGCGACUCCGGCUGCGGAAGGAGCUCGCCAGCAUGAAGAAGGCCAAGCAGAACGCGGAGGAACACGCUUUCAAACUGGAGCGGCUAGUGACCCAGCUGCGUUCCAAAUUCAACGGUCUCCAAACGUCGCCAAACGGUCCCGAGUCCCUCCCGAGCGAGACCGAACAGGACUCGAGCCGCGCGCGCCGAACCAGCGUCAACUCGAAUACUACAGUCGUGUUCGGGCCCGUGACCGAUUUGUAGCGAACACUCGCUAGCGACGUCUGUGUUUUGGCCACGGACGUGCUCUGCUCCGUAUUAGAUAAAAUAUACUAAACUGUACUUUAACGAGUUAAACCAAACAGGACCAGAGCCGCGCGCGCCGUAACAGCAUCAAUUCGAACACUACAGUCGUAUUUGGGCCCGUGACCGAUUUGUAGCGAACACUCGCUACCGACGUCUGUGUUCUGGCCACGGACGUGGUCUGUUCUGUAUUGUAUAAAAUAUACUAACCUGUACUGUUUAUAUGCAACCAAUUCAACCGAACAGGACCCGAGCACCAGCGUCAACUCCAAUGCUACCGUCGUGUUCGGGUCGGUCUCCAACUUGUACCGAACACUUGCUAGCGACGUCUGUGCUCUGGCCACGGACGUGGUCUGCUACUAUACUACAAUCAGCGGUCUGCAAAGUCGCCCGAAUCCGUCCCGAGCGAAACCGCACAGGAUAUGAAAAGCGCGCGCUUAUAAAAAAAUCUGAACCGAGUUUGAUGCUUCGAGUUCAAUAAAAUAGCGACACGAAAUGUUUCGAUUAAGUAUGUAAUAAUGUAAAAUUUCCCAAAUUAUGACAAAUCACAAGAAAAUAUAAUCACUUGGACAUUACGUAACUUUCAAAAAUAAUAUCUAUUAGUAAUCAUUGUAAAAUUGAUAUUAAUAAAUAAUCAAUAAUCGAAUUUAAAGUUAAAAUCAUUGCUUGCAUAUCCAUAUUUGUAAUGGACAAUAAUCUAAUUCAUAAUAAAUUGAGUGUGGUGCUUGUUUGCAACAUUUUGAACUGUUGUGUUCGUAAAUUUGUUUGUUAAAUAAUAACAUUAUUUGAUGUGUGUAUAGAAUAUUAUUUACUGACACUUGGUGUGCAAUUCCUUAUUGACUUUUACAAUUUUCACCUACACUUUAUUAUAAGCUUUUUAUUAUAUUUAUUCAGUCAACAGGAUCCUCUUUAUUGGUGCUUUAAAUAAUCGAAGUUACUGAAUACCUACAUAGACAGUUUAAUUUAGAUAAGGACUUAUAAUUAUGUGACAGUGGGAAAUUAUUUAUUGAUUUAUCGGCCUAAUAUGUAUUCAAUUAAUGUUGUCUUUUAUUUAAACAAAAGUGUUGUACUUUUAUGCUUGUCAUACAUCAAACCUACUUGACCUAACCUAAAACUUCGGAAAAUGAUAAACAGCUAAUGUAGAUAGGUCGAAGUGGUCGAACGUUAUUUUGAUACUUUGCUUUGUCACAAAUUUUUAGAGACUUUUAAAGGUUACUUGUUUUAUUUGCCUGUUUAUGUUUUAAUCGUAUUAUAUCUACGAACUGCCAAUUGAUUGAAAACCAAAAAAUGCUGGUUCACUUUUACAAAAUUCUAAAUACAUGCAGAUACUAAACAACAUAGAACCCUAUACGACUACGUUUGUCUUGCUCGAUAGAAUUGUUUGUUAAGUUAAAACCUCGAAGGAUUUAACAACCGCAGUCGCUUUUAAGAGCUUACCCCUCUGUCGAAAACCACAACCAAUGGUCAUAUGUAUCGUAUGGACUGACGUUUAUCUGACAUGGCUAUUUGUACAUAUACAUUUGACGUACCUUCUUCGCAAAAAUUACAGACGACGCGUCUCCAGUUGUUAAAUCCUUCAAGGUUUAAACCAUACGGAGUGAAUUGCAAUGUCAGUUGUGCUCAACUAUUUUGUGUAAUAAUUAAGCUAUAAUUGAAUGUGUUGUCGAAAAAUUAUCAUCAUAAACGAAUUUUAUUUAAUGUUUAGUUUUAAUUCUGUGGUCUCAAAACGUCUUGAACAAAUUAUACGAUUUUAUUAAUUAUGUUUUAGUACUUACUUUUUAUGCAUGGGUGUAUUUUAAAAUAAUGUCUAAUUUGUAAUAAUCUAGCUCAUGUUUGUGAUGGUUGUUCGUUUGUAAUAACAUUUACCUAAUUAUUUUAAUAUAAGGCGUGCUCUCUAUAAUCUUAAAUUGAAUAUUAGUAAUGUGUGUGGGUUAAAACUAAUUCAAUCAAAAAUAUAAACCAACUAAAAUGCCAUAGUGUAUUAUAGCAACUGCAAGGUCUAUUCUAUUUUUAUAUGAUAAUGGAAUUACUUUUUAAUUUGCCAUAGAAUACUCUGAAAUAACUCGUAGAAGUAGCAAAAUGUAGACUCUUAAAUUAAAAUAGAAAAAUAUAGAUACAUACGUAAAUCACUUACAUACUUAUAGAAAAAAAGGAACACGAGACCUUAUUUUUCAGUCAUUCUGUUUGUAUUUUCGAAAAUAUCUGAAAAAGUUAGCAUGUACACUGAUUCACGGUCAGAUGUUUAUGAGUAGCUUAGAUUUGGCGACGCCUAUUUGCAAUAAUUAUUACACAUUAAUUUUAUAUACUCAAUUACCACUUACAUAGAAUAGUACAUGUAAAGCAACAGAUGCACUUUUUAAAUCCCCGUACUUAAUUUACACAUUGUUUUAGUGUAGUGAAGGUGCAUUGGGAUGAUUCCUAUAAAACCGUGAUAUUGGCAAAUCAGUUUGAAAAUAAGAGAUAUACUUAGUUCCAAAUUUGCGCAAAUGCUUGCGGCCAACAUACCACUAUAGGUAGGGUGGCAACUCGUAUAGGCAUAGAAACAAUGUGGUUAAACAGAGAUGAUUGUGACCAUGUGACAAAUACUGGACGGGUAAAAAUACGGGAUGCAACACUUAAACACGGUUCCUAGUCCCGUACAUACGGGACGUAUGGCAACCUUAACUAUAGGGAACGUGCGUGAACAGGGGUAUAAACAGGAGCCCCUGAAGCGAAGUGUAAAUGUCAAGCUUAAGCUUCCAUUUUGGCCCACAAGAUGGCAGAACCUACAAUGCAUAAGAAAUCUUACGUGAAUUGUAGAGGCCAGCACUUGCUUUGGCGUGAAGUGUCAAUGUACAGUUUAUGUUUCCGACUUAGGCCACAAGAUGGCAGACCCCCAACGCGCACGGUCCCUAUGACAAGUAGUCUCUUAUAAGUAUAAUUUUAUUUGAAUGGUCACUUUCGGUAUUAUGCUUCAUUCAGAAUUACCCCAACGCACCUUAACACUUUGAUUUUAAAUAAAUCCUCGACUAACCACCGACAUCACACGUAGUAUAGACUGAUAUAUUAAUUUAUUUUUACAAAUAAGUAACAUACCAAAUUGGAGAUUAGAUUUUAAUAUGAUCGUCAUAAUUUAUUAACGCUUCAUGUAAAGGAACGCUGCCUUAGGUUUAAAAGGACGAUAUUAUGUAGAAAUGAAUGUAAAUGACGUAGGUUAUUGUAUGUUUUAUGUCAUUUAGCCAAUAUUUGACGAUUUAACCUUGCGCCUUUAACCUUUACGUCAUUCAAGGUUAGCCACUAACUCGGGGUUAACUGGUUAAACUCGGUACAAUAAACCCUAUGUUAACGGUUAACUCCGAGCAAAGAGAAUUAAUUGUAAUAGAGAUGUAAAAUCUAAGACAAAAACGUGCCCCUUAGUUUGACAUCCAAAACAGAUUAAGGUCAGUAACAGAUGAUUGAACCUUAUUCAGAAACAGAUAUUCCUAAGACGAUUAACCAUAACUAUAGUGUAAAUGAAUUUACAGUAUAUAUAGCGCUAAUUUACCACCCUAGUGCGAUAAAUAGUACUAUACGUGUGUAUGUGGAAAAUUUAAAGGGCCAUAUGUACUGUAAAACGUUGUACAAUACUAGUGCGAAAAGAUAAUUCACAAAGAGUGGCGAUAAAUUAAAACACAACCGUUUUAACUCAACACGAGUUUUUACUUUCUGCACUUGUAUCGUAAUGUACUAUUUUAACGUGUUAGUUGCACGUUAAAAACAUUAGGUAAUUUAUUCAAAAUAAAUUUAAAAUCUUCGUCACUUUUCAAGUAACUAAUCCUCAAUUUUUUGCAGCUAAUCGAUGCGAAUAUACUUUAUAAAAAUUAUGUUAACAAAAUAAAUAAUGUGAAUAACCGUUGAAAGUUUUAGAAUAGAAAGCUGGUGCCUUAUACGUAAUCUGUCCGCCCAUUAUUAUGUCCAGAGGGCCUACCGCAACAAUCUGAAAUAGAAAAUUUUAAUAUCUGCCUCUCUCACUCCAAUACAUAAGAGUGAUAGAGAGAUACAUCACGAAAUUUAUAUUUUUCGAUUUUCGCGUCCGGACAACCAACAGUCCGGAGGUCUAUCUUGCAACAAGUUAACCCUUUAAAUGCCAAGAACCUCGGCGUCGUGAUUUGUGAUGCCCAUAGCGCCAAGACCGCUUUAAGGUGGUUCGAUUUUCCUACAAAAAAGAAUUGCGUAUUAUUACACACUAUUACUACAUAAAUAUGUGCGCAUCUAUCUACUUUCGUAAAUUGACAGAAAAGCUUUGUUUUAUACAGAAAUCACGCAUAAAACGUUAUUUUGGUGUUACAUUGAUAGAAAAAUAACGAUAGAUGCGCACAUAUUUAUGUAGUAAUAGUGUGUUAUGACUUAAUAAAAUGCAAUUCUUUUUUGUAUGGAAAUCGAACUAUCUUAAAUUGCUUCGUUGUGAAAUUAGCCAUCAUGUUUUAAACAGUCUUAUGUUUGUUAGCUCGUAUUGUGUCAAUGAUGUUGGCGUGUGCGUGACACUAUAAUUAUCGUGCGAUAAUUUGACUACGCCCUUAACAUUGUUGGGUUUAAAGGGUUACAUUUUCGCUCAAUGUUUUAUAAACAUAACAGCCCUAAACGUAAAAAAUAUUCGGGUUUUAGAUUUUUGCAUAAAUAGUUUUUUUUUUCAUUAAUUUAUAAUUAAACUACAAACACAUUUUUGUUUUGGUAAAACGAUUUGAAAUGUUCUGUUAUAGAUAAACUAUUUGACCAAUAUUUCCUUUGUCAUUGCACAUAUAAAAAACUCCUUUUCGACUAUCUACUUGACGCGACGCAAUUCGAAGAAAACGUUCAUACGUACGAUAAAAUUAUUGCUUUCGUAACUAAGUUGUACGGUAGGCGAUCGAAAUGAGUAAUAAAGCUGUUUGUAAAUUAGACUGCCAAUUUUGUGAUGUUAACAUUAAUUGUGUAAUACUCCUAUUUACUUUAUUUGUAUACGAACCUUUGUUAGAUACGACCGGGAAUGGUGGACGGAAAGGGUUUAAAUAAAUUAUUUCCUUUAC